AUGGCCGACACCACGUUGCAGUCGUGGGAAUAUCUCGAGACUCUUCCCGGGACCCAGUUCUACCGAUUGUACCGCAGCCCGGCAUCUGCACUGGCCAUCUUCCGCAAACGGCUGACCAGCCUAGCCAAGACCUUUGUCAUGAUGCUCCUGUAUAUGCCUGCCCCUCUACCUGUGAAACAGCUGGAGCUGUUCGUCAAGGACGCCAGUCGCGGAGAGCGUGAAUACGCCAUCGACCUACUGCACCGGUACCACAUCUUCAAGGACGUGAGUUACAACGGUGCCAAAGCGCAUGCGUUGACCCCCGACUUCGCCAGAUCCCUGCGCCGCGCCUUGACCGGCGCAGGCGACAGCCGGUCGUUCGGACAAGUAGCCACCCACGUCCCGCAUGGCCAGAAAGUCACGAUCGCGCAACUCGACGAGUAUGCUCGUCAACGAUGGGAGGGUAUUUUGGGGUACAUGGUCGGCUCGUCCGCAGUGCCGCUUGAAAGCACGACAACGGAACAUCAGGCGGCCAUGCAACCGUCGCCGGGCGUCAUCGAACUGCUCAAGGCUGGGCAUCUGAUCGAACUUUCGGGAACCCAUAGCCGAGGCCAAACGGCUAAGAUCACCAAAGAAGGAUUCGCGUUUGUGCUGCAGGACAUCAACACGCAGAUCUGGGCCUUGUUGUUUCUGUAUGUUGAUAACGCCGAGGUAUUUGAGAUGGACAAGGUCGACGUAUUGUCAUUCCUGUUUUUCGUUUCAUCCUUGGAACUCGGCCUGGCCUACUCGACCGCGCCCCUGGACGAAACCCAGCAGCGAUGUCUGUCCGAUCUGGUCUCUUUCGGCAUCGUCUACCAGCCGCUCCGAGAUGAUGGCACGCCCGUCGACUUCUUCUACCCAACACGCCUGGCCACCACCCUGACAUCUGAUUCAAGCACGACCCUCUCAGCGACCAACACGACCAUCGGCUCCUCACUUUCCAAGUCUUCAUCAUCAUCAUCCCAGUCUUCUUCCGGCACGGCCAAAGGCUUCAUCAUCGUCGAGACUAACUAUCGACUUUACGCAUAUACCUCGUCCCCGCUACAAAUCGCACUGCUCUCAUUAUUUGUCAACCUCCGCUCCCGCCACCCGAACCUGGUCACCGGCAAAAUGAGCAAGUCAUCCGUCCAACGGGCCAUCCAAGCCGGCAUCACCGCCGAUCAAAUCAUCUCGUACCUCACCUCCCAUGCGCACCCGCAGAUGCGGCGGCACGCGCAGGCCGAGCAAGCCCGCAACUCCGACCCGAACCUCGUUGUCCCAAUCCUACCAGCCACCAUUCUCGACCAGAUCCAUCUAUGGCAGCUAGAACGUGAUAGGAUGACCACGACCCCGGGCUUCCUGCUGAAAGACUUCCCCAACCAUGCCGAUUACGAGGCGCCCUGCCGUUACGCGGACGAAAUCGGGGUCUUGGUGUGGAAAAACGACAAAAAGCGCAUGUUCUUCGUCAAUCGUAUCGAAGGCGUGCGGUCGUUCAUGGCUGAACGCCGAGCAAAUGCCCAGGGAUGA